GCUCGGGUGACAGGCCCGGCCUCGCGGGGAGGCCCGAGCCGGCGGGCGCCCUGGCCCCGCGCCGCGCCGGCUGUUAAUGAAGCAUGUCGGCCACCAGCGUGGACCCCCAGAGAACAAAAGGACAAGAUAAUAAAGUACAAAAUGGUUCUUUGCAUCAGAAGGAUACCGUUCAUGACAAUGACUUUGAGCCCUACCUUUCUGGACAGUCAAACCAGAGUAACAGUUACCCCUCCAUGGCCGACCCCUACCUGUCCAGCUAUUACCCGCCAUCCAUCGGAUUCCCCUAUUCCCUCAACGAGGCACCGUGGUCUACUGGAGGGGACCCUCCAAUCCCCUACCUCACCACCUACGGACAGCUCAGUAACGGAGACCACCACUUCGUGCACGAUGCCGUUUUCGGGCAGCCUGGGGGGUUGGGGAGCAACAUCUACCAGCACAGGUUUAAUUUCUUUCCUGAAAACCCUGCCUUCUCGGCCUGGGGGACGAGUGGGUCUCAGGGUCAGCAGGCUCAGAGCUCAGCCUACGGGAACAGCUACACCUACCCGCCAAGCUCCUUGGGUGGCACGAUUGUGGACGGACAGACAGGCUUUCAUGGUGAUACUCUCAACAAGGCACCAGGAAUGAACAGCCUGGAGCAGGGCAUGGUGGGCCUGAAGAUUGGGGACGUCACCACCUCUGCGGUCAAGACGGUAGGGUCGGUCGUCAGCAGUGUGGCCAUGACGGGCAUCCUUUCUGGCAACGGUGGGACGAAUGUGCCCCUGCCAGUGUCAAAGCCGACCUCGUGGGCUGCCAUUGCCAGCAAACCUGCUAAACCACAGCCGAAAAUGAAGGCCAAGAGCGGGCCUGCCAUCGGGGGGGCGCUGCCCCCACCACCUAUUAAACAUAACAUGGACAUUGGUACUUGGGACAACAAGGGGCCUGUGCCCAAAGCCCCGGCCCCCCAGCAGGUGCCAGCCUCCUCGGCGGCCCCCCAGCCGGCCAUGCAGCCUCUGCCCGCCCAACCUCCCCUUCUGGCCCCAGCACAGCACACGGGCCCCCAGCAGCUGCCCCAGACCCGCUGGGUUGCCCCUCGCAGCAGAAAUGCGGCGUUCGGGCAGACCGGGGCCCCUGGCAGCGACAGUAACUCCCCCGGGAGCGCCCAACCCAGCACAACCCCGAGCACAGAGUCCCACCCCAUCCUAGAAAAACUGAAAGCCGCCCACAGCUACAACCCCAAGGAGUUUGACUGGAACCUGAAGAGCGGGCGCGUGUUCAUCAUCAAGAGCUACUCGGAGGAUGACGUGCACCGCUCUAUCAAGUACUCGCUCUGGUGUAGCACAGAGCAUGGCAACCGGCGCCUGGACAGUGCCUUCCGCGCCCUGGGCAGCAAGGGACCUGUCUACCUGCUCUUCAGUGUCAAUGGCAGUGGCCAUUUUUGCGGGGUGGCCGAGAUGAAGUCACCUGUGGACUAUGGCACCAGCGCCGGGGUCUGGUCCCAGGACAAGUGGAAGGGCAAGUUUGACGUGAAGUGGAUCUUCGUCAAGGAUGUGCCCAACAGCCAGCUGCGGCACAUCCGGCUGGAAAACAACGACAACAAGCCGGUCACCAACUCGCGCGACACCCAGGAGGUUCCCCUGGAGAAGGCACGGCAGGUGCUGCGGAUCAUCGCCUCCUACAGGCACAGCACCUCCAUCUUCGAUGACUUCUCACACUAUGAGAGGCGCCAGGAGGAGGAGGAGGUGGUGCGCAAGGAACGGCAGAGUCGAAGCAAGCAGUGAGGGUUCAGCAAGCAGGCUCUCGUGCCGUCUGACGUGGGGCUGCGCGGCUGGAGGGCGUGUGCCUGGUGCUGUCUCCCGGCGGCGGCUCUGCUGGCCUCUUGCAGUGCUCGCCUGCUCACAUCUUUAUGUCCUUUGUAGUUUAUGUUCGCCCAGAUGAAUCUGCAUUCAUUUGUAUUUUUUCUAUGUAUCAUAUAGUAUUGUAGAACUCACUAAUAAAGGACUAUGUUUUUGUCAGCUUAUCAA